ACCAUAAGGUCACCCUGUAUUUAGGAAGACUUAAAAAAAAAGAAAGCAACUUCAUUUCCUUAGGACCCACAGCAGAGGAAAUGCCAAUUAGCUAAUAGCAGUAUCCUUGGCUUCCCUUUUUCAAAUUCUCCAAAUCUCCUAGGCAGUGCUCAUGGGUGCCACUGUGGAGAGCAUUUGUCCUCAGACCUGAAUUGUAUGGUCAAUCUCCAGGAUAAACUUCCUCUGGGUUUCCCAGAACAGGUCCCCAUGUUGCUGUGGCCUUUGAUGCUGGUUCUAGCUCCUGUCAACGGACAGCUUGCAAGGACACACAAGUCCGUUAUUUCCCUCCAGCCUCCAUGGACCACAGUCUUCCAAGGAGAGAGAGUGACUCUGACUUGCAAGGAAUUUCACUUCUACUCACCACAGAAGACAAAAUGGUUCCGUUUGUACCUUGGGAAAGAAAUACCAAGAGAAACCCCAGCAAAUACCCUCGAGGUUCGAGAAUCUGGAGAGUACAGAUGCCAGGCCGGGGGCUCCUCGCUCAGUAGCCCUGUGCGCUUGGUCUUCUCUUCAGCUUCGCUGAUCCUGCAAUCUCCAGUUUCCGUGUUUGAAGGAGACUCCGUGGUUCUAAGGUGCCGGGCAAAGGUGGAAAUAACACUGAAUACUAUUUACAAGGAUGAUAAUAUCCUGGCAUUUCUUAAUAAAAGCUCUGACUUCCGGAUUCAUCAUGCAAGUCUCAAGAACAAUGGUGCAUAUCACUGUACAGGAUUUAAUAGAAGUAAUUUCCCUGUUUCUUCCAACAUAGUCAAAAUCCAAGUCCAAGAGCUGUUUUCACGUCCAGUGUUGAGAGCAAGCUCCUCCCAGCCCAUCAACGGGAGCCUAGUGACCCUCACCUGUGAGACCCAGCUCUCUCUAGAGAGGUCAGAUGUCCAGCUCCAGUUCCGCUUCUUCAGAGAUGGCCAGACCCUGGGAUUAGGCUGGACCAACUCCUCGAAGUUCCAGAUUACUGCCAUGAGGAGUGAAGAUUCAGGGUCCUUCUGGUGCGAGAUAGAUACUGUGGCUCACACCGUCAAAAAAGAAAGCCUGAGAUCCCAAAUUCGUGUACAGAAGCCUGUGCCCCUCCCACAGAUCCUGACUGAGUCAUCAUCCAUCACACCAGGCUGGUGCAACCUCACCGUGAAGUGUAGGGUUCUAGGGACCACAGAGGACCUGAAUGUAAUCUGGGAGACCCAGGGUCUCCCCAGGGAGCUGGAGCAGAGAGGGACACUAGGACCAGCCCCCAACUCAUGGACUCUGGCUGUGAGCCUGUCCCCGAGCCAGCGCAAUGCCAGCCUCACCUGUGUGGUCAGCAACAAUGUGGACCAGAAAACUGCCACCAAAGACCUUGGGGAAGUAUGUUGGGCUCAAAAAAGUGUCCAGCAAGAAAGAUUCAUCUACUUCCCCUUUCACUUCAUUAACUCAACCAGCUUUAUGCAAAGAAGAAGCUUACUGAACUCACUGCCUAGUGCAGGUGUAGCCAAGUGCGACUUGGGCAAUCUGGGCUGGCCUGCCUUGUCUCUUCAGAUCUCCUCCUUCUCUGACCACCUGGAGCAGGCUUCCAUGCUGCUGUGGACGUCCUUGCUGGUCCUUGCUCCAGUCUGUGGCCAAUCUGCAGCUGCACACAAGCCUGUGAUUUCCCUCCAUCCUCCAUGGACCACGGUCUUCAAAGGAGACAGAGUGGCUCUGACUUGCAAUGGAUUUCACUUCAAUGCAACAGAGAAAACAAAAUGGCAUCGUCUAUACGGUAGGGGAGAAACUUCAACCCUAACCCCAGGAAACACCCUCGAGGUUUGGCAAUCCGGAAAUUACAGAUGCCAGGCCCAGGGCUCCCCACAAAGUGACCCUGUGCUCUUGGUCUUUUCUUCAGUCUCCUUAAUCCUGCAGGCCCCAUAUUCUGUGUUUGAAGGUGACACAUUGGUUCUGAGAUGCAAGAAAAGGAGGAACGAGAAAUUGACUGCUGUGAAAUACACUUGGAAUGAAAAAACUCUUUUCAAAUCUAAUAAAAGCUCGGAUUUUCUUAUCCCACAAGCAAGUUCAAAUAACAGUGGCAAUUAUCAAUGCUUUGGAUAUGGAGACAAAAAUGUAUUUAAAUCAAACAACAAAAUUAUUAAAAUUAAAGAACUAUUUCCACAUCCAGAGCUGAAAGUCACAGACUCUCAGCCUACAGAGGGGAGUUCUAUAAACCUGAGCUGUGAAACACAGCUUCCUCCAGAGCGGUCGGACACCCCACUUCACUUCAUCUUCUUCAGAGAUGACAGGGUCAUCCUGUCAAACUGGAGCAAGUCCCCGGAACUCCAGAUCCCAACCAUCUGGAGAGAAAACUCGGGAUCCUAUUGGUGCGGUGCUCAAACAGUGAUCGGUAGCGUCCACAAGCGUAGUCCCUCGCUACAGAUCCACGUGCAACGGAUCCCUGUGUCUGGGGUGCUCCUGGAGAGCCAGCCCUCAGGGGGCCAGGCGGUUGAAGGGGAGACACUGGUCCUUGUCUGCUCCAUGGCUGAAGGCACAGGGGACACCACUUUCUCCUGGCACCGAGAGGACACACAGGAGUGUCUGGGGAGGAAAAUUCAGCGUUCCCCGAGAGCAGAGCUGGAGCUCCCUGCCAUCGGAGAGAGCCACGCAGGAGGAUACUACUGUACAGCAGACAACAGCUACGGCCCUGUCCAGAGCGUGGUGCUGAACGUUACUGUGAGAGUGACUCCAGGCAACAGAGAUGGCCUUGUCACCGCGGGAGCCAUUGGGGGUCUGCUCGGCGCUCUUCUCCUGGCUGUGGUCCUGCUGUUUCACUGCUGGCGCCAGAGGAAGCCAGGAGAUCGUUUCUUGGGAGAUGAAACCAGGAUCCCUCCCACUCCGGCGCCAGGAGAGUCCUCCUAUUCCAUUUGCCCUGCCCAGGUGGAGCUUCAGCGGUUGUAUGUCGAUGUACAUCCCAAAGAGGAAGAUUUGAUAUACCCUGAGAUCCAGAUUAUUCGUCUGGGAGAAGAAGGGGAAGCUAAUAUCUCCGGGACACUUCUGGAGGAUAAGGAUGUCUCAGUUGUCUACGCUGAGGUGAAGGCACAACACCCAGAUAACUCAGCUGGAAAGGUCUGCUCUAAGGACGAAGAAUGUCAUGAGAAUGAAAAGUUAGGAGAAUGUCCUACUUAAGUGAUUUGUCCCUUAUCCAAAGCCCCAGGCCCAGUGAAGUCCUCACAGCCCCUGGAAUGAUCAACUCAUUCCAGCUUUCCAAUUCUUUUCACCCAUAUGCAUUCACUCCCAGGAGUACUCAUUCAUCUACUCUGAAGUUGGGAUGGGAUGGUCUCUGAAAGACUUCACUAAAAUGACUAUGAUCCACAGUUAAGAGAAGACUGUAUUACUUGCUGUGGGCCUAACCUGAUACAUUCCCUAGAGUCUGCUUUAGAGAUGAGGCAUAGAGAGAAGGACUGGUUUGAAAAACAGAAGCACAAAUUUUGGUGAACUAGGAUUUGCACAGAGAUGAAAAAGGCUGGGUGACCUGGAUCUCUGCUUAAUACAUCUACAACAAUUCUCUCACUGGAGACUCAAUUGCAUCCGUUUGUUUAACUGUGAGUGGCUACACAGGUACUGCACAGACAAUGCAAAACCCCUUCACUUCUGCCCUCACAGCUUACACUGUCAGGAUUCACUUGCAGAUAAAAGAACCCACCUGAAAUGGUUUACAGAGAGAGGAAUUUGAAAGAGGACAUCAGGAGAGCUGGAGAUGCAUGCUCUAGCCUGUGUUUCCAAAAGCAAACGAUAAUUAUGUUAAUAUCAUUGGGGCAAAGACUUGCAACAUUAGAGAAAAGAGACAUACAUAUAAAAUUAAAAACUUAAGUGACAACUCUGCAAACCUAAAUUUGAAUUGAAAAUAUUAGUAUAAACUCAUAAUGACCUCUGCCUUUAAAAAGAAAAGAAAAAAAAAAAAGAUAAGUAUUUCCUACAUUUGUCCACUGAAAAGGCCUAGAAAUAAUUACCAACCCGUUAGCAAUAAGCACUCCUUGCAGAGGUUUUAUUCUUUAAAUACCAUUCCCUACUGAAAGGAAAUAAAGUUGCUUUUCUUGUGGGAACUGUGUCUUUGAGUUACUAAUUAGUUCAUGUGAGAAUAAUUCUUGCAAUAAAUGAAGAAAGAAGGAAAGAAAUGGGAAAUCACAAUUUCAUAUGGAUGGUUCAUGAUAACACCUACUGGUUGAAUAAUUGACAAAAACCAGCAGCCAAAUGUUAUAGGUCUCCUGAUGGAAGUGUACAAUACCACCUACAAAGUAUCCAUGCCCCCAAUAUUAAAACUGAAUCCAUUCCAGUCUUUCUAACUAAAUACUUGUUUACAGAAAAUGCAUAGGGAAAAAGGAACUUGUUUAAAUAACAUCAUGGGAUUGCAACCAGCAAAACACAAACUGAGGAAAAGUUUUAUAGGUCAAAUGACCUGGCUUCUUGAACAAAUACAUGGCAAAAAAAAAAAAAAAAAAAAAAAAGAGAAGAAAGGGAGGAAAAAAGAGAGAGAAAAGAAAAAUGAAAAUUAAUUAGAAUAUUUC